GGCGCCUGGCGGAGAAGAAAAUGUUUGGGGUCAGGGGUAAAAUGGUCUCAGCAAAACUCGUGGGAACCGGUGGCAAAUUCUGAAAUUCUACCCGAUUCCGAUUCCGAUUCCGACGAGGGAGCUCAUCAAUUCCAUUUCCAGGUCGUGACCUGAGAGAGCUCGCUCGGUAGCUGUGUUGAGCCCCUGCGACCCCGAUCCAACCCAUUUCUUCUUCCUCCUCCUCCCCCACAGGAUGGAAGGGAAGGGAAGGGAAGAUAUCUGAAUUUCUGAUUCCAGAGAUCCAAGCGAAGAUGACGCCAUAAGGAAGGGAAGGGAAGGCAAGGCAAGGACCUCCAUGGACGAGGAGGGCGGCGGCGACGAGGAGGGCGGCGGCGGCUCCUUCGUCCUGCGCUCCGGCGUCCGCGCCGGCCUCAAGCGCGAAUUCGCCUUCGCCAUCGCCUCCCAGGCCGCCCUUUCUUCUUCAUCGGCACCCCUCGGCCGCACCCGCCGCUCAUCCCGCGCCCUCAACCCCCAAUCCUCUUCCUCCUCCUCCACCCCCGACCCCAAUCCCAAGCCCAAGCGCCCGCGCCCACCAGAUCCUCCCCAAGAGGACGCCCCCGCCCCUGGAGGACACCAUGAGGGGGACGCUCUCGAGCAGCCGGGUCCCGUGCUCGCCUUGAUGGCUGCUGCUGAGCCCAGCCCUCAGCCGCCGCCACCGCUGCUUUCGACUCCACCCCCCCACGCCCACGCCCACGCCCACGCCCACGCGGAUGAUGCGGAUCCCGCACACCACGCCAACAUCAUCAUCCCGCCGGAGUCGCCGCCCAGGCGGAUCACGCGCUCCAUGCUCCUCAAGCCUCCGCCUCCUCACACCCCCGCUACUCCUCCUGCCCACAAUGCGCCUCCACUCAAGCCCAAACCGGAGCCACCGGAGGAAGAGGCAAUCAGGAGGCGCUUCACCAGAUCACUCCUGCUCAAGGACAAGGACAGCAACGACGACGACCUCUCAGGUACCACCACCGCCAGCAAUUCCUCCUCACCUUCACCCAACACCACCACCACCAGUAUCAACAGCAACAAGGGGAUCUCCCUAAAUACAAACAAGAUCCCCACCAACCUCAGGGAGCUGCUCGCCACUGGCCUGCUCGAAGGCCAGCCCGUCAAGUACAUCAUGAGGAAAGGCAAGCGAGCAGUACUUCGGGGAGUUAUCAAACGUAUUGGCAUACUGUGCUCUUGUUCUUCAUGCAAAGGCCGAAAAGUCGUUUCACCUUACUAUUUUGAGGUGCAUGCUGGGAGUACCAAAAAGCACCCUUCCGAUUACAUUUUCCUGGAAAAUGGAAAUAAUCUGCAUGAUAUAUUGAGGGCAUGCACAAAUGCUACCUUAGACAUGUUGGAGUCUGCAAUACAGAAGGUGAUAGGCCCAGCACCUCAGAAGAGGACGUUCAGAUGCCAAACAUGCAAAAGUUCAUUUAGUACACUCUGCAGUGGGAAAUUUGCUUCUUUAUGCGAUUCAUGUCUCGAGUCCAAGGGAGCUAAGAAUAGUACCAGGUCAUCAAAAAUUGGACGAAGCUCAACUUCGUCUGCUAAGGGAUGUAAGAGUUCAUCCCCAGGAGCAAAAACUGCGAGUGCAGGCAGGCUUACAAGAAAGGAUAAGGGGUUGCAUAAGGUGGUUUUCAUGAGCGGUGUUUUACCAGAGGGCACUGAUGUUGGCUACUAUGUUGGUGGAAAGAGGUUACUGGAUGGAUAUAUAAAGGAACUUGGGAUCUAUUGUCAUUGCUGCAACACAGUGGUUAGUCCUUCACAGUUUGAAGCUCAUGCUGGUCGAGCUGCUCGACGCAAACCUUACCACAACAUAUACAUGUCAAAUGGUGUUUCACUGCAUGAGCUGUCAAUUUCACUUUCAAAAGGUCAAAAGAUAUCGAACAGACAAAGUGAUGACUUGUGCAGCAUCUGUUCAGAUGGUGGGCAGCUUCUCCUUUGUGAUACCUGCCCAAGGGCUUUUCACAGAGAAUGUGUUAGCUUGUCUGCUACCCCAAAGGGAACUUGGUGUUGCCGAUAUUGUGAGAAUAGGCAACAGAGGGAAAGUUGUUUGGCAUAUAACAACAAUGCAAUAGCUGCUGGGAGGAUUGAAGGAGUUGAUCCCUUGGAGCAAAUAUUUACGCGGUCCAUACGUAUUGCUACAACACCUGAGACUGGAUUUGGCGGUUGUGCACUGUGCAAGCUCCAUGAUUUCAGCAAAAAGAAAUUCAGUACCCGGACCGUGCUGCUCUGUGACCAGUGUGGGAGAGAAUAUCAUGUUGGUUGCCUGAAGGAACAUAACAUGGCUGAUUUGACGGCAUUGCCUGAGGGAGCAUGGUAUUGUUCCACCAACUGUGUGAGGAUUAACCAGACACUGCAAGACUUACUUAGCCGUGGAGCAGAACCUGUUUCUAUUGUGGAUGUAGAUCUUAUAAAGAAGAAGCGUGAAGAGAAAGGUUUAAAUGAGGAUGGUGACCUUGGUGUUAGAUGGAGAGUUUUGAAGGACAAGAGUUCAGCAGAUAGUAAAUUGGUGCUCUCCAAAGCUGUUGCGAUUUUCCAUGAAUCAUUUGAUCCCAUUAUCCAGAUUACAACUGGGCGAGACCUCAUUCCAGCCAUGGUUUAUGGGAGGAGUGUAAGGGAUCAAGAUUACACAGGAAUGUAUUGUGCUGUGUUAACUGUGGGCAAUGCUGUAGUUUCUGCGGGUCUUUUCCGCAUCAUGGGUAGUGAAAUUGCUGAGCUGCCAUUGGUUGCUACAAGUAGGGAUAGCCAAGGCUUGGGGUAUUUCCAAGUGCUUUUCGCCUGCAUAGAACGAUUGUUGGCAUCUUUGGAGGUGAAACAUUUUGUGCUACCAGCUGCAGAGGAAGCAGAGUCUAUCUGGACAGAGCGGUUUGGGUUCACAAAGAUAAGCCAGGAUGAGCUGCGUGAAUACCUCAAGGGUGGACGAACAACCGUGUUCCAGGGAACAUCAACCCUUCACAAGCUGGUCCCCAGGACGUGAAUGCUAGUUCUGUGAGUAUGGCAUGCUGGGAGCAAGGAGCAUGAAGCUAAGAAGCAGCUCUUUGUUUGCGUGCUUCUGAAAUUGGUGUAGAUAGGAAAGGGCGCCCUGGCCAUUUCUGUGAGAAGUUGAUGAGCAUGGUGGUAUUGGCAUUCUGAUCUGCUGGGGUAGCUGAGGCGAAGAAGAAAAUUGUGUAAGAGAUGAGGUACAAGCAGCAAAGGCAAAGGCAAAGCUGAGGAGAAUUUGAGGCAGCUUAUAAGGCGGCGGAGUUUAGCACACGCAUUGUGGGCUGCUGUGCUUCUCGUGAUUUUGCGUUUGUUUGGGUCGGAAUGGGAUGGCGACUGCCUGUGCUUGUGUUUUCUUGGGUCGGAAUUUUUACUGCAGAGGUUACUGUGGUAUUUGUGGAGUGCCUCUUUGAUUUAUGAUAGGAUCUAGUGCGAUAGUGCGUGUAUUGCAGUUGUGUGUGUGGGGGGGGGGGGGGGUGGGUUGGGGAUGUAUCAAAUUCAACGUACAUCAUCAUCAUGUGUGAUGGUGUGUUUGUUCCGCCUCGGCACCGGCACCACCGUCGAUGUUGAUGCAUUAUUGCAGUGCAGUAGUAAUGUAACAUAUUUACCUUACAUAGUCCAAGUCACCUGUAUGUCUAAAUUUAUCCUAGAAAGUAACUGAACCAAUGUAGUUCCCGGAUGGAAGUAUGACAUUUUCCUCGUUGUUAGUUGCAUUUAUCCUUGAAAUUUCACGUUAUCA